CAGCAGGCAGCUCGGGAGCAAACCAUCCGCGAUGGAUCUUUACUUCAGAGGCACCACGUGGAUGAUGCUCGUGCUCUUUAUGAUCCCAGACUUUACCCACAGCAGUUCUUGCCCCAGCAGCUGCCGAUGCAACUCUCAAGGCGCUGCCAUGUGUACUGGCUCCACCAUCACUGAUAUACCGCCUCUGCCUCUCCACACGUACCUGCUGCAGCUCAGUGUUACAAACAUGAAUGUCCUAAAUGAGCGAAGUUUAGCAAAUCUGGACCUCCUGCUGCGUUUCAGUCUCAUAAAGAGUCAUCUACACACCGUCCAUCCUCAGGCUUUCCUCGUAGCUCCCCAGCUCAAGUCUGUCAAGCUGUCAUCUAACGAUCUGUCGACCCUUCCUCCUCGAGUGUUCAGUCCACUCGCUGCUCUUGAGCAGCUGCAUCUCGAUGGGAACCAGUUUGAGAACAUUCAUCCAGAUAUGUUUGAAGGACUGGGCGGGUUGCAGGAUCUGGACCUAAGCCGCAACAAACUCAGGAGUCUUGAUUCAGACAUAUUUGAAGGACUGACCAACCUCACCUUUCUGAAUCUAGGCAGGAACUUCAUAAAGAAGCUUCCUCCUACCAUCUUUCACUCCUUGACUAAACUUCAGCAGCUUAUACUCUAUUACAACGAACUAGAAUUUCUAGAAACUGGCAUCUUUGACGAACUCAUCAACCUCGUGGAGCUAAAACUCCAUCAAAACCAGAUUGCCAGCCUUCCACCUAAAGUCUUCUGGCCUCUGGGGAACCUGAAAAACCUGACAUUAUCCGCCAACCAACUUCAGGCCAUCCCAGAAAAGAGCUUCUACCACAUGCCAAAGUUGGUCAAACUCACCAUUUACAAGAAUCCACUAUUAUCUCUACCAGAUGAGCUGAUGGGUCACAUGCCCGACAUGACAGAGUUUUAUCUAUAUGCCACCAACCUCAUCACGGUUCCUGGAAAUUUGUUCGCUAACAUGUCUGGGCUGCUUAUGCUGAACUUCCAUUUAAAUGAAAAUCUGAGGGACCUUCCACCAGAUGUUUUCUGCUGUCUUCCAAACCUUCAGAAGCUCUCGCUCAAAUCCAACAACCUCCAUUAUCUUCAUCCCCAGCUAUUCUCCAAACUAACCACCCUGAACAAACUUCACCUCAAUGACAAUAAGUUGUAUGGCCUACCAGAAGGUAUCUUUAAGGGUCUAGGAGACAUUCUUGAAAUUUUAUUGAACAAUAACAACCUCAGCAGUCUUCCAGGAGAUAUUUUCGUGUCUCUUCCAGCUUUGAUUAAUCUGACUCUGAGUGGAAACCCCUGGGAUUGUAAUUGUGCUAUCAGAGGCAUUGCAGGAUGGAUGAGACACAAUAAGCAUGUGCUUUGGGACAGAGAUGACGUGAUGUGUCACGCUCCAGUCUACCAGCUGCUGCGUACCGUUGGCUCGCUGCAUGAUGAAGAGUUCAGCUUUUGCAGUGCUACAACAGCCAAGAGUUUUCCUCUACAAGAUUUGAACCGGUCACCAACACAACCACUCCACAUGUUGUCAACCUCUGGACAAACAUCAGCUUUAACUUCCAUAACCACCCCCCCCACAACGGCUACUCAAUCCAAGGAAGCGGCGAUCCAAACCACUCGAGGAGCUACCCAAGAAGUCCCUGACAAAAUAACCACUCAGACUGUAAAAGCAACCACAUCAGAUCAUACAACACUCUCAGCAUCACUUUCCACUGAACUUAUUGGUAAAUUUGCUCGGGACAUGUCACCUCCUUUUUAUGGCAUAUUGGUGAUAGAGCCGGGGCCUGAGUUUGUCCACCAUAACCAUCAGAAAGGCUGGGUGUGCGUGUGGUUUCUGCCCUCAAACACGGCUUUGGCUGGCUUCCUCAUGUUCUCUCACAUCCUUCUACUAGCUGCAGGGCUGUCGCUUAUUCUUGCUACCAUGUAUGGCAUGCAUCGCCUCCACAAGGCCAUGUAUAAGCUAAAGGCUGAGUGUGCUCGUCACGAGGCUUGGCAUGUAACCAAUCAACAUAUAUGUUUCUUCUAUUUUAGGGCAAUAAUGGAGCUGCCAAUGACACUUCCUGUACUGCUACUUCUCAUGGCCCUCAGUGUUGUCUGGGCGUGUCCGGAUGGAUGCCAAUGUAGAGGAAGCACAGUCCAAUGCAUUGGCCUGUCAAACUUCCCCAUGCCGCUGCCGGCAUCUGCCACCAAACUCUAUUUUUCAAAAUGCAGUUUUAACUCUCUGGAGCCAGAACACAUGACGAAUUCAUUGGAUUUGUUGAUAAUUAAAGAAUCUCUUUUGAGGGAAGUGCGCCCUGGCACGUUUAAUUCAACCCCACAUAUCGGGUCCUUAACGUUAACUGGUACCCAACUGCAGGAUCUGCCAGAAGCCUUGUUGAAAAAUCUGCAGAAACUCGAGACUCUGAUACUAAGCAUCAACAAGCUCUUAGUACUUCGCCCUCAGUGGUUUUCCCUGUUGACCGAGCUUAGAAGACUUGACCUUAGUAGGAACCUUUUCACUGCAGUACCUGUGGAAACUUUUCAUCCACUGAAACAGUUGAGCUACCUUUCCCUUUCUGGUAACAAAGUCAGCCAGCUAUCUAGAGAAACCUUUAAGGGGCUUUCUCAGAUCAUAACUUUACGCCUUAAUAAAAACAUGCUACAGGAGCUUCAAGCUGGUACUUUGGAUGACCUUGUAAACCUGGGAGAGCUGUCACUACAAGACAAUCAAAUCACUCACCUCAACCGUGACCUGUUCUCCAAGACUCCAAAACUCCAGAAGCUGUUUCUCUCCAACAACAAGAUCACGUCUCUCCCAGAAGGGAUCUUCCUAAACUUGCCAAAUCUUUCCCAGAUCUCCCUGUAUGAAAACCAGCUGGAGACUCUGGGGCCAAGGGUGUUUGGGCCCAUGGCCCUUCAGGAGUUGUGGCUGUAUGACAACAAGCUGAGUCGUGUGGAAGAUGACACGUUCAGGAACCUGACUCAGUUGCGCCUCCUGGUCCUCAGUCGUAACCGGAUUAGUUAUGUAUCCACCAGUGCAUUCAGAGGAUUGGAGCAGCUGGGAGAGGUAUCCCUGCACACCAAUCGGAUCACGACCCUGCAAGCUGGGACUUUCCAGGUGCUACCAAGACUGGUCAACAUUUCUCUGGAACACAACUUCAUCAAGUCCCUCCCACGUGGUUUCCUCCAGGGUCUGACCCACCUGGGACAGGUAGACCUGCGAAACAAUUCCCUCCCUAACCUACCACAGGAGAGUUUAGACACCCUUACUGCAUCACAGGAAGUACUCCUCCAGCAAAAACCCUGGAGGUGUGACAAGGAUAUUCUGCCACUUAGGGACUGGUUGAAGCAGCACCCAUCAAAGACCAACCAAAGCCUUGUGGUCUGUGACACUCCUUCCAGUCUGAAUGGCGAGAUGAUUGCUUUGCUGGCAGAUGAGAACCUGGUAUCUCUCAGCUCUACUCAGGAGCCCGUGCUGACCUCAACAGAGAAGAGGAGGCGGCCACAUACACCCCCAGCCAAAAGAAGCACCCCCUCACCUGCUGUCAAGACGACCCCCACCUCAGAGUAUGAAAGGGUAACCAGGAGUGGACAAGGGGAUACUGGAAGCAUUUCUCGUGAUAUUUCAAUCACGCUAAUUGUCAUCGCAGUAGUGUGCACUGUCAUCAUCAGCACUGUAAUUAUCAGCUGCAUUUGCUGGAGGAGAAAUAAGAGUGGCACGGGGAAUAUAGGCCGCAGUACGAACUCUGUGCUCCGCAUUACAACAAUACCAAAAGGAGCCUUUGCUGAAAACCCACAGCUUGAAAAGGUGGAGUUCAUAAACAGUAACAUAUCAUCCAUCGAGCUGGGAGCGUUCGAGGGACUGAAGAACCUGAAAAAUAUUGAGGUCUCCGGCAGCAAAUUAACGUCACUCCCACUUGAUAAAGGUUUGUUUGAAGGCCUUAAAAAACUAAGACACCUCCCGUUGCAUUCGAAUGAGAUUAUGUUGAUUGAAGAUGAGACAUUUGACGGUCUUGACAACCUUUUAAUGCUCCAUUUGGGUAAAAACAAUCUCUCUGCUGUGUCAACUCACUGGUUCUCCAACCUAAACAAACUGGAGACACUCCGACUUUAUGAGAACCAGCUGACCACCGUCCCUGAAGACUUGUUUCAGAAUUUACCAAACUUAAAGGAAAUUGGUUUGCAAGGAAACCAGAUAGAAGAAUUGCCUCCCAAUCUGUUUCCUCAUAAAAACAAACUGACUAAACUGUUUCUGGACAAUAAUCUUCUAACUACUUUUCCUGAGGGGUAUUUUGUCGGCUUCCCUCAGCUUAAAACACUGACCUUGAAGAAUAACAGGCUGAAAAGUUUGCCACCAGUGCUGUUUGGAGAAAUGCCCAAACUGACUGAAUUAAGCCUCCAGCAAAACAAUCUCUCCAGUCUCCCUAAAGGAGUUUUUGGCCCUCUGAAGAAAAUCAGGAAGCUGGACCUGUCGAAGAAUAAAUUCGUCACCUUGUCGCCUGAAUACUUUGAAGGCCCAGAGAAGCUCACAGACCUGAAUCUGCAGAACAACAUGAUGGAGUCACUGGAUAAGGCUCUGUUUGAAAAGCUACAAUCACUAGCCACUCUCAAGCUGGCUCACAACAACCUGCAGACGCUUCCUGGAGAUAUUUUUAAGCCAUUAGGAAAACUCCGGAAGCUUGACCUCAGUAACAACCCGUGGCUCUGCGACUGUAAUCUGAAAGACUUCCACAGCUGGAUAACCGGGAAUGCUGCGAAGCUCACGUCUCCGCCCCUCUGUGAGUGUCCCGAAGGUUUGAAAGGGACGGAAAUGCUCUCACUAACACAGGACCAGCUUAUCUGCCCAACACCUCCACCCACGACUACACCCACAACUACACCCACAACUACACCCACAACUACACCCACGACAACAACAACACCCACGACUACAACUACACCCACGACAACAACUACACCCACAACUACCACAACUACACCCACAACUACCACAACUACACCCACGACAACAACUACACCCACGACAACACUUCCACCCACGACUACCACAACUACACCCACGACAACACCUCCACCCACGACAACAACUACACCCAUGACUACCACAACACCUCCACCCACGACAACAACUACACCCACAAUUACCACAACACCUCCACCCAUGACAACAACUACACCCACAACUACCACAACUACACCCAUGACAACAACUACACCCACAACUACAACUACACCCACGACAACACUUCCACCCACAACUAUCACGAGCACGACUACACCCACGACCACCCCAACCACAACGACCACCCCAACCACAACUACACCCACG